AUGCGUCCUUCUCUACAGCAGGUCGUUCGGCCUUUGUCCUGGACACGAGUCAUUCCUUGUAGGCAAACGCGCUAUGUUCAGAUUCGCACCGCGCCUUCGGGGGUGCCUUCGGUGAACGACCACCUGCCCCUCGCUAACACGCCCAGCUCUGUUGAAUCGCGAGAUGCGCGAUUUGACGUUGUUGGCGCUCCAUAUUCGCUCCUUUCGGUUUCACUCUCGGCGUCGCAAAACUUGUACACACGACGAGGAACACUGGUUGGCUUGAGUGGAAAGGCGGAUAAUGUGAUUUCGACAUUGAGCGUUCUAGAACCUUUCCGCAGGGCUGUCGUUGGAGUGCCCUUCCUUUACCAGAAGGUCUCCUCCGCCACCCCCGUCACAGCUCUCGUCUCCGUUCGAUCACCCAACACUUCCUUCGCCGUUGUGAAUGUUAAUGGAUCCGUGGACUGGAUGGUUGCCCAAAGACGGGCUUUGCUUGCAUGGACGGGCCGGUCUCUGUCUAUCAAGCCGACUAUCAAUGCCAACAUGAGCUUGUCUCAUUGGGGUAGCUCCGAAGUCACCGGCCGAGGAUUAAUAGCCUUGGUUGGUAACGGACAGCUCUAUUCGGUUGAGUUGAAGGAGGGCGAGCAAUAUAUUGCGCACCCCAGCAAUGUCGUCGCCUACACCAUGUCCUCCAACCCUCCCCGUCCCUACCGCUUCAAAUCCACAACCCUCAGCUUCCAAGUCCCAGGCUUGAAGGCUCUCCCAAGCCUUUUCCAGAAGGCCAAGUUUGUCCGCGACAUGUCCGAUUCCAAAGCAUACAAGACCACCAUGGCGUGGUUCCACAAGUUGCGUACCUGGUCUCGUAUGACCAUCUGGGGAGAUAGACUCUUCAUGCAGUUCGAUGGUCCCACAACUAUCCUUGUCCAAUCUCGCGGCCCUCGUCUUAACGACGUUUUGUCGGGAGAUGAAGUUAACGAGAUUGCUGGCACCCCUCGGGGCCUGACCUCCUCCCCUUAUCAGACCAACGAAGCUGAGAAGACCGAGUCCAAGUCCGCCGGCAACGCCUCGGACCUUGAGCGCUCGUUAGACCAACUGGAGCAGGAAAUCCGGGGAACCAGCCAGAGCGUUGCGAAGGUUCGCAAAGAUGGCAAGGUGGAAAUUGAAGAAGUUGGUCGCAACUAG